GAGGCCAUGUGUUAUUUUUUUUUCUUUUAAAUUCUAAAAAAAAUUAACUAUUUCUUAACACCAUAAUUAAAACUCUUCAUUCUAAUCAAUAUCUUCUUCUUCAACUGAGUUAUCAUCUUCAGUUUUGUACUUGACCAGAACCAAAUCUAUUGUACACCCCAAGCCCCUUCCCAUUCCACACAGACAGCACGCAUCAAGCCACCACUCCUCACCACCACAUCAACACCCAAAGAAAAAAAAGGGGGAAACAUUCAAGAGAGAAGAAUAUCCGAAAUUGCAACCCAAAAUGGCACCACGGAUCUGAGCAUCGAGUAAGAGAGAAAGAGAGAGACCGCGAGCAGAGGGAGAAGGAGACUUGAACAUAGCAGAUUGGAACCCUAAUUUCUGGGUAUUGUUUGAGGUGAGAAGGAUCUUCUCUGUUGUGUCUUGAAACCCUAAUUUAUGGGUAUUGUUUGAGGUCCAGAUGAGGUAGGAGAUGAAGGCCUCGUAGGAGAGUGGUCUUCGGUUUCUGGGUCUACGUUUCCUCUUCUCCUUGUCGUUCUUCUGAAUCUGGCGCUCGCGGCGGCAAGAUCUAGUGCGAUCACCAUGCCGUUGUUGAAGAUAGAUUCGAGGAUCCUCAUGCUUGUGUAGAUUGCUUGUUGGAGACGAGAUAUUUCAAUUGAUUUGAACUGUAUAGAAGUUGUGUAGCAGAGUUAUUGUGGAAAAGGGUAGCUCUUGGUGGUGGAUGUGUUUAUGCGUGUUCUGUGGUGGCUAUUGUAAUUAUGGUGUUAAGAAAUAGUUCAUUUUUUUUUAGAAUUUAAAAUAAAUUUUUUUUCCACCUGGCCUCAUUAAACUGACGUGGCCAUGCCACAUGGGCCACCGAAGCUCCGGCGUUGACCCAGAGCUCCGGAGGGACUAAAACCAAACGUUUUGGCAAAGGUUAGGGACUAAACCCCACCUUUGCUCCGGCGAGGGACGAAAACCAGGUAUUAUGGAAAGGUUAGGGACGUAAAACUUAUUUAAGCGUAGGCCACGGUUCAAUAGUGAAGCUGCAUGGGAUGAACUUUAAAGUUCCCAAUGUGGAGGUGUUGAGCUUAGCGCAUUUAGGAAUUGAUGAUGAAACACUCUCUAUGGUCUCAAAGAGUUUUUGUAGGCUUAAGUACCUGGACCUGGAAUCUUGUCCUAAUGUAACAGCCAAGGGAGUGAGGAAAGUAGUAGAAAACUGCAAACAACUGAGAGAAAUAAAUUUGAGCAACUGUAAACAUGAUGUUUUCUUCACAUAUGAUUUUGACCUCCACUUUGAGAGAAAUGAGAGAAAUUCGAAUAUUUAAGAUAAUGUCUACAAAGAAACAAACAAAUAAGGAACAAAUGAAAACAAUGUCGGCAGGAGAUAUGUACUUUUUACCAGAGGAGUGUUGGGAAUGUGUCUUCAAAUUCCUCAACAACAACAACCACGACCACCAUCACUUGGAGUCUCUGUCCCUUGUCUCCAAGCAAUUCCUCUCCAUCACCAACCGCAUCCGAUUCUCCCUCGCCGUCCACGACGACCUACUCCCCUUCCUCCCUCGCCUCCUCCACAGGUUCCCCAACCUCACCUCCCUCGACCUCACGCGCUUCCGCGGUGACCUCGACGCGCUUCUCCUCCAAAUCUCGCGUUUCCCCUUGCGCCGCCUCACAUCGCUUGACUUCUCGCACCAUGAAACGUUUCCGGCAAAUGGGUUGCGAGCUUUGGCCGAAAACACGAAAACCUUGACCUCCCUCACCUCCUCCGAGGGUUCUCUCGCAACCGCCGACCUCCACCUCAUCACCGAUUGUUUCCCUUUCCUCCAAGAACUCGACAUUCGCAUCAAGGUACAUGACCAUUUUCCCCUGGCGCUUCCCAAGCUCCUCCGCAAGGUUACUCUCUAUUGCGGACCCUUCAACAUCAACGACGCAGAGCUUAUCAGUGUGUGCAACAACUGUGAGUUUCUCCAAGAAUUGGCGAUCCCUGAUUGCGCUUCUAUAACCCAACAUGGCAUUGCUUCCGCGAUCCGCCAGAGACCCGGAUUGAGGUCUUUCUUCGUUGGCAAAUUUAAAUUUGAGAGAGGGGAUUUUGAGAGUCCCUUUAUCACCGCAAGCUUCAUUGAUUCGUUGGUGAGUUUGAAGAGCUUGACUUGUCUUGUUUUUAGGGAUUCGUUCAUCUCGGAUGAGUUGCUCUGCUCUGUUGCAGAGGAAGGUCUUCCUUUGAGGAAGCUUGUCCUCGAUUAUUGCCGCAAUUACACCUAUGCUGGAAUCUCUUGCUUGUUGUCAAGGUGUAAGUUUGUCCAGCACUUGGCUCUUCGAAGUGCUGAGUUUCUGAAUGAUCAGCUUGUGGCAGACUUGUCUGUGUUUCUGGGUAAUUUGAUAUCUAUAGACCUUAGUUGCUGUCAGAGGUUCACAGAGUUAACCCUUUUUGCACUUAUCAGGAACUGUUCUUUGCUCCGUGAGAUCGAAAUGGAGAUAUCAGGGAUUGGGCAAAAGAAUAAUUAUUUAAUGAAUUGUUGUGUGAACCCUCAUGUGAAGUUUCUCCAUUUGGCUUGGAGUUCAUGUAUGCGAGGUGAAAUACUCAAAAAGUUGAGUUUUGUCUGCCCCAAUUUGGAGCUUCUUGACUUGAGAUUUUGCUUUCAGUCUAAACUAUCUGAAGGUGUUGUUGAAGUUUUGAGGAGAUGCAGUAAGAUUAGGCAUUUGAGCCUAGGCCACGGUUCAACAGUGAAGCUGCAUGGGGUGAACUUUGAAGUUCCCAAUGUGGAGGUGUUGAGCUUCGCGCAUUCAGGAAUUGGUGAUGGAACACUCUCUGUGGUCUCAAAGAGUUUUUGUAGGCUUAAGUACCUGGACCUGGAAUCUUGUCCUAAUGUAACAGCCAAGGGAGUGAGGAAAGUAGUAGAAAACUGCAAACAACUGAGAGAGAUAAAAUUGAAGAACUGUAAACAUGUGGCUGGUGAUGUUGUUGAUUGGAUGGUAUUUUCAAGGCCAACACUGAGAAAGAUAAUGGCUCCACCUGAUUUUAAACGAAGUGCCAGCCAGGAUGAACUCUUCUUGCGUCAUGGAUGUCGUGUCUGCAGGUAGAAGAUUAUGGGGUUUUCCAAGAUUUGUUGGUGACUGUGCAAGUGGUAUUAAGAAGUAUCCUCCAGGAACAAUUUCAGAGCAGAAGAGUUAUAUCACUAAUUCUUACGAUUUCCCUUUUUUUUUUUUCUGUUGCUUUACUCCACAUAUGCAUGCGUAGCCAGUCUGAAGCCCGGACAAAGGAAGAGGGUUGUGUUAUGCCUCGACCACCAACGUAAAACCUCUCGAUAUCUUCAAUAUUUUGUUUGGUUGCUUGUAACUUCAUUUUUUUUCAUCUCCUUUGUGGCUGCAUUGGUGAGAAGUAGAACUGUAGCCCAAUCACAAAACUUAUGAUGAGUUACACUUUAUUUGUUUUGCACCAAAUCCCCUCUUCAAUAAAAAAAAUAAUAGAAAUUUAACCAUGAAAAUUGUAAAAAAUAAAUUAGAACCUCCGCACUAAAUCAGACCUUUGCUUUGGGACUUUUGCAGUAAAGGAAAAUAGUUUCUAUUUGCUUGUGCUUAAAAGUCAUUCAUUACUAUUCAUUAUAGAAACAUGGUACAAAUAAGUUGGUUGACUGUGAACUUGUUUUUGAGAUCAAAGCUGCACCAAAAAAAUAUAAGAGUGGGGGGUUAAUUGGUUUGAAAAUAUCAUUUAGCAUAGCUGAUUAUCUUAAUUUGCUGUUUGUUUGUUUGUUUGUUUGUCUUACUUAAAACUAUAGCGAACUGUGUGCCCUCUCUUUAGUACAUCCAAAGCUGAAUAGUAUUAUUGAAAUCCUUAUAAUUUUAACUAUCUAAGUCUCAUCUAUACAAAACUCUUUGAUGUCAAUUUCAGUCAAUUACUUUGUUGCUUUUAUUGGCACCUAUGUUUAAAUAUGUUUAAGUAAUAGCCCCUCUUUUCUUUUUCCCACUGAGAGGGAUGUUCUCACUUCUCACUAUUAAACUUGAUGAUCCCCAUUUCUGGUUUAUUGUUUAAUUGUUGAUCAAAGAUUACAUUCCAGUUUGUGGUGUUCUUUCUUCUUUGCAGACAUCUCAAACAUGAGGAAAAGCGAUUCAUGGAGGAGGAGCUGCAGCGUAGCAUUGUGGUUAACCACAAAUGAAGGAUGUUGAAGAAGCAUGUACAUCACCUUAUGACUUAUGAGCAAGAUGAUAUGCAUCAAAAGUGAACCAGAAACAGGAUUGAUUCUUUCAAUUCUAUUCGUUGAGUAUUGUGAUUAGGUAACCGGAUGCAACAUUUUGAACAAGCAUGCAAAAAGUCAUACGAAGCCUAUAACUAGUAAAAUUUUGCUAGGCAUUGGAACAAAAUUUUAAUGCUUUGUUACUAACCUGUUUACAAGUUUACUUUUAAUAGAAAAUAUUUUUUUAAAGAGACCAGUGGACUAAUAGAUCUUUCUACA